AUGAAAGAUAUUAUCUUCGUAUCAAUAGGAGGAGCUGGAUGCAACAUCAACUCACAACUUUGGAAUGACCUGCAUCAAGAACUUGUGUACUUUCAAGAGAAUCCGGCAGAGCAGGAUAAGUACUCUUUCAAUUCUAAUAUAAUGUUCAACGAAACAUCGAGUGGCCAAUGGCAACCAAGGACAAUUUUUAUAGAUCCAGACCCUAUUGCCAUCGAUGAUGCUAAAGAGUCUCUGGCUAGCUUAUCCAUGAGCGAGGACAGUUACUGGACUGACUCAGAGGACUGAAGCACUUUAUAUACUAAAGGCCAAUACACUUUGGCUAACAGAGUGGAAGAUGAUAUUCUAGCUAUUUUUGAUAAAAAUGUUGAGAAAUGUGAUACAAAGCCAGAACUAUUCUUCAUCAAUUCUUUAUCUGGAGGUACUGGAGGAGGACUAACUCAUCGGAUUAUGAACAGAGUCUUUACUGAGAAAAUAGAUGCUAUAUGAUAUAAUGUGCUAAUGUCUUUUGAAAAUUUGCCUCAUCUAGCAGAAGCAUACAACACAGUCUUUGGAAUGGCGAAUUGACUUGAAAAUGAUGCCUUGUCUAUAAAUGUACAGAAUGAUAAAUGAUUUAGCGUUCUAAAUUUGACGGGCAAUCUUGAUCCAACAUAUUCUGAUUUAAAUCAACUCCUGAGUUCUAAUAUUUCAAUGAUUACUGCUAAAAUGAGAUUUCAUCAACUUGGCUGUGACUCGAUAGGUAAGCUCUGAGGUCAUCUUAUUCCUUACCCUCGACAGAGUUUCACUAUUCCUUCUAUCGCUCCAAUUUGAUGUGAAAUUAAGCCAGAUAAAGACUUUGCAAGUCCUCAUGAAAUCAUGGAAGCUAGCUUUAGCCAGGAGACUAAGUUGGCCAAUUAUGACCUAUCCUCCAUAACAGAAACAGCAUCAGCCACAUUUUUCGGAGAUGUGCAUUCUCAAGAAGCCAAAGAUGCUUGUGAGAGCGUGAUGAAGGCUCAUCCAAAGAAGUUUACCAAGCAUAAUAAAAACCCUAUCAGAUUUAAUAUAGUCCAAACUCCUGAGAUUCAGUUCAAGGACAAGCUUACUACCCAGCUAUAUAGAGGGAAGUAUUGCUCCACAAUCGAUAACACAACGGGGAUCGGCUACUUGCUAAGUAAGCUGAAUCAUGAAUUCGACUUAUUAUUCUCCAAAAGAGCUUAUGUGUAUAGCUAUGUAGGAGAGGGCCAAGCAGAAGGAGAGUUCAUAGAGCACAGAGAAAAUUUAGCGGCCCUAGAGAAAGAUUAUGAGUUCUACCUCCCUCCUUACUACGAAGGAGAAGGAGAGGAUGAUGAAGAAUAAAG